AUGAAUAACCAGGUCAUGAUGCAACCGCAUUAUACUUUACCUGGGGUAAUGCACUACCUACAGACAGAAUUCACAAGAAAUGAACGGGAUAGAAUUGCAUGGGAGUUGGAGCGCUCGGAAAUGAAAGCUAGGAUAGCGCUAUUGGAGGGCGAGAAUAAAGAUCUACAGUAUCAGUUAGUGAAGUUGAAAUCCCCUUCUUACAAAGACAAAGAAUGUUCAUUGGAAUUGGCCAAUGAGGAGAAUAAUGUUGAUUUGACACAACUGAUGAAGUCCAAGAUGGCAGUCCAAGAUAAUGUGAAGGAGAUUAUAUAUCUUUUCAAGAGUCCUAACAUCACAACACAAUUACGAUCGUUAAAUGAUAAGCAGGAAUCUGUCCAUGACUUGGAAAAAAUGAAUCUGAAUCAACCAAUUGCACAACAUGAUAUGAUUGAUAGCGAUGGAGUAGUGGAAGCUCCUAGUAGUAUGCAUCAAACGGAAGCUUUGCAGGAGGUCAUGGAUGAUAGAUCUCUUGUACCUCCAGAAGAUACGCACUCGGAUGCAGCUACCGUUAUCGCGAACACAGAGACUAAUAAUGAUUCAUGCGGUGGCGUUAGGCCACGCAGGUUAUCCUCUCUAUUCGCCCGUGAUAAGGCCGCUUCACAAGGAUCAAUGUCAAACGAGGAUCAUACGGCACAUGUUGGCGGCAACGACGAAGCAAGAAAAGCCUCUAGCCUCUUUAAAAGUGAUAGUCAUCAAAUUAUAAAAAUGAAGGCUUCACAUAACCAUGUUAUCACAUUUUCCAAAGAUGGUCACUUAUCUUUAUGGUACAUUGAUAACAAUUUCAAUUGUGCAGAUUCUCCCUUGAAAAAAUUUGAAGGUAUAUCAUUGUCGCUACUGGAUAUCUACUGGCUAGACACGAAUAAAUUUCUGAUAUUAGAUGAUGAGGGUAUCAAAUUGUUUACGUCGGAAAGUGAGAAACCAGUCUCACAAUUGAAAAUAUUUGAUAACAAGAAAACAAGAGAUUCAAAAACCAACCAAAUUGAAUUCUCAGAUAUAGUAUGUCAUGCAUUCAAAAAAAAUGCGGUUUUGCUUGUCACCGAAAGAAAAAUACAUGUAAUAGAAAUAUCAAUUCAAGUUAAUGGUUUUACUCCAGCUAUCAUCGAAAGCAAAAGGUUUUUGAUACCUUUGCAAAAAAUUCCUCUAGCAGCAGAAUUUGGUAUGACCGAAAAAUCAUUGCUUGUUUUGCAUGCUGACCCGUAUGAGGUGGUUAUUUACAACUGCCAAGGUAAAGUUCUUCAAACGAUUAGUCUGAGCAGCUCACUUUCCAAAACUUCGGAUAAUGAUUAUAAGCCAGUUCUGCAUUUGGAUAAGAAAAGCUCCAAGAUGUUGAUUGAAUAUCAGAAAUCAAUAUUGGUUUAUUCAUUUGAUCAGAAAAAGAUCGUUGUAAAAUACGUUCUCAACACUCGGCCAGCAAAUAUAGUAUAUAGGCCAGCCAACGACAAGGUUAUCAUUUCAUAUGAAAAUGGCUGCAUUGAAGUAAGAAAGCUAGGUGACUUAGACACCAUCAUUGAAACUUACCCAACACCUGGUGAAUCGAUUUCUUCAAAUGAUAAAAUUGUCGCUAUCGAUAGCACCACUGUUAAUUCGACCACUGUUAUCGUCAUAAAUGGUACCAGUGGCGGUAUUAGGACGAUAGCAUUAACAGAUCCUAAUAGCUAA